AUGUCCUCGUGGCUCAACACGACCGCAACGCUGCAAAACGUGACAGCUCUGCCAUCAGGCAUCACGCGCGCCAAGGCUCUGGAGACUGUGCAAAAUCACGACCUUCACAUGCAAUGCGACCCUCACAUGGUCAAAUACGAGCCCAUUGCGCGGCCGCCCAAGAUUGAGUCUCCCACGGUCCCGGCGGACAGAGGCCUCAUCCCCGUCGGCGAACCCCUGUAUUACAAGGUGACGGAUAAGGUGCAUACGCUGCCCGCAGGGCUGUGGGAUUCCAACGUCGAGAGCACCAACGAGUUUGUGAAGCUGGAACGGGGCAUGUUUGUGAGGCUGUAUAGCCCGCUCAACGUGGUGAUGGAGACUGUCUGGACGGUCCGAGAGACGGAGAGCGGCGGGCUUGAAUUGGUCGAGGAUGUGCUGAUCAAGGCGUCUCGGCUGCUGGUCGGGACGGUGAAGAACAUGUGCAGCACCAACUGGACGACAUUCCACGGCAAGAUGGUGGAACUGAUGAAGCAGGGCUCGUCAUGA